GCCCGGGUCCACGUGCGCGCGGGCUGUGUCAGCGGGGCCGAGUGACAUCAGCGGCUGGAGGCCAAGCGCUGCCCGUCGCUCCGCCUCGCUUCGGAUUAUACAAUGCACCGCCCGGCCGGAGCCAGAGGCAUUUGAGUCGACAAGGCGAGCCCCGCUGGUCCUCCGCUUACCGCGGCUCUCCCUCUCCGCUGCGCUCGAGAAAUCUAGCCGCCCUGCAGCCCGCCCGUCCGCCUGCCUGCCGCCCUCGACCGCCGGGAAGAAUGCCCGUGGUCAGCGAGGGAGCUACCGCCAACUGGUCGCGCGGAGCCGGCGAGCAGUUCGCUCCAGCCCAGGCCUGCGUCGGUUAAGCCAGCGUCCCCCGGACAGGGAAGGAUCGCUCCCCUACAGCCCAGCCCUGUCCCUGCUGUCGUAACUUUGACCGGUCGCUAAACGGACGGUCUUCGCGGAUGAAAUGUUUGCCCUCCAGUAAGGCCGAUUCGGCCCCCGACGAAGAAGGAGGUUCCAAUUCUGCCGGCAAGCUCUUCUCUCUCCCCCCCCCCUCCGGAAUUUAUAGCAUUUAGCGCCUGGCCGGUUAUUUCUCCAAGGCCAGGCCCAUGUUCCCUAAGCAGGCAUGAGCGCUGGUUGCGAAUCCAGCCCGACCAGCGGGGGCGGGAGCAGCAGCGGCAGCUCCGGCGCCCCCCGCAGGACCCGUGCGCCCCGUGCGAGCGACGCCCAGGGCCAAGCCACCGACGACAUGGACGUCAACAGCAACGGCUCCAGCGGCAACGAAUCGCACGGCGAUUCGCACAGCAGCUCACACAGCAGCGGCAACGGGAAGGACUCGGCUCUUUUGGAGACCACCGAGAGCAAUAAGAGCUCCAACUCGCAGAGCUUGUCCCCGGCCAGCAGCUCCAUCGCCUACAGCCUCCUCAGUGCCAGCUCGGAGCAAGACAACCCCUCCACCAGUGGCUGCAGCAGUGAGCAGUCGGCCCGCGUGAAGACGCAGAAGGAGCUCAUGAAGGCGCUCAAAGAGAUGAAGAUCCGUCUACCCUCCGAGAAACGCAGCCAGGGGAAGUCAGGCACCCUGGCCACCCUCCAGUAUGCCCUCUCCUGCGUCAAGCAGGUCCAAGCAAGCCAGGAUUACUAUCAGCAGUGGAGCAUCGAUGACAGCCAGGCCUGCAGCCUGGAUAUGUCCACAUACACCAUCGAGGAGCUGGAGAACAUCACAUCGGAAUACACCCUCAAAAACCCCGAUACCUUCACGGUCGCCGUGUCCUUCACCACGGGCAGAAUCCUCUACAUCUCGGACCAGGCGGCCUUCAUCCUCCGUUGCAAGAAAGAGGUCUUCAAGGGGGCGAAGUUUGCAGAGUUCUUGGACCCCCAAGACGUCAGCAUCUUCUACGGCUCCACAGCUCCCUAUCACCUGCCGUCCUGGAGCGCCUGCCCCUCUGCCACCGCCAUGGACUACACCCAAGAGAAGUCCGUCUUCUGCCGCAUCAGCGGUGGGCACGCCGGAGCGCGCGAGAUGCGCUACUACCCCUUCCGGCUGACCCCUUACCUGACCAAGGUGCGCGAUUCGGAUAGCGACCAAGGGCAGCCCUGCUGCUUACUCAUUGCAGAGCGCAUCCACUCGGGCUACGAAGCCCCCAGGAUUCCCCCCGAUAAACGAAUCUUCACCACCAGACACACCCCCAGCUGCUUGUUCCAGGACGUGGAUGAGCGAGCCGCCCCCCUACUUGGCUACCUCCCCCAAGAUUUGGUUGGGACCCCUGUCCUUUUCUACCUGCACCCUGAGGACCGGCCCCUUAUGCUGGCCAUACACAAGAAAAUCCUGCAGUACGCCGGCCAGCCGUUCGACCACUCGCCCAUCCGCUUCUGCGCCCGCAACGGCGAGUACGUGACCAUCGACACCAGCUGGUCCAGCUUCGUCAACCCCUGGAGCCGCAAGGUCUCCUUCAUCAUGGGCCGGCACAAAGUCCGGACGAGCCCCGUGAACGAGGACGUCUUCAGCGCCCCCAAAGUCUUGAAGUCGAAGGCUCUGGACGGGGAGAUCCAGGAGCUGUCCGAGCAGAUCCAUCGGCUCCUGUUGCAGCCUGUGCACAGCAGCGGCGCCCUCGGCCUAUGCAGCAACUCGGCCUCCCACGAGCAGUUCCUCAGCAUCGCCUCCUCCAGCGACAGCAACGGCUUCGCCCCAGAGGAGGCCCUGGCUCUCCGGCCGAUGACCUUCCAGGAGAUCUGCAAGGAUGUCCACAUGGUGAAGAAUCAGGGCCAGCAAGUCUUCAUUGAGUCCGGGGUCAAGCCGGUGCCCGUCAAACCCUUUCGGCCAGCUCUGGAUCCCCCCAUCAGUCACGCCGGACAAUCCAGGCAGAUGUCGAGAGAAGCGGAGAAGAGGAUGGUCAAGGCAGCCACCUCCGAGGACUCCGUGCGGAAGGAGCCUUCCAACUACUCCUACCAGCAGAUCAACUGCCUGGACGUCAUCAUCCGAUACCUGGAAAGCUGUACCAUCCCCAUCCGGGUCAAACGCAAGUGCGGUUCCUCCUCCUACACCGCCUCCUCCAAUUCGGACGACGACAAGCAGAAAGGGCGCGAGCAGGCGGCUGUGCGGAGCAAAGAUGCGCCCGAGGAGAAGCUGCCGGCCAGCACCAGCCAGCCAGAGAGGGAAGAGCCCGGAACGGCGGCAGCUGCCGCCGUGGUGGGUGGCCCUCUCACUCCGCUGGCCUUGCCUAGCAAAGCCGAGAGCGUGGUGUCCGUCACCAGUCAGUGCAGCUUCAGCAGCACCAUCGUCCACGUGGGAGACAAGAAGCCCCCGGAGUCGGAUAUUGUCAUGAUGGAGGAGACGGCGCCCAGCGCCACCCCGCCCGUCCCUCCGCCCGGUCUGACCCCCGACCGCGAGCAGCAGUACCGCCGGGUGGGCCUGACCAAGGAGGUCCUGUCGGUCCACACGCAAAAGGAGGAGCAGGCCUUCCUCACCCGGUUCAAGGACCUCAGCCAGUUGUGUGUCUUCAACUCCCCCUCCAGGCCCAGCUGGCAGGAGCUGCACCGGCCCCGGGCCCAGGAAGAGCGAGGAUCCAGAGGCCUGCGCCAUGGACCUCGCGGGCCGCGGCGCGGCCGGAAGUCUAAAGCCAAGCGCAUCCGGCAGAACAAAUCCUCGGAUAGCUCCAGCUCUCCCCAGAACUCAGCCGGGUCGCCCCGCCAGAUGUCCUGUCCCCCAGGUGCCCCCUCUUGGGCACUCUCGGGCUCUUCCCCGCCCACCCUCCCCAAUAUGUCGUACCCGGCCGUCAUGCCCACUUACCCCAUCCCGGUCUUUUCCCCUCGUCCCACGGUGCCCCCAGCCGCCGAGCCUUCGCAGACCCCCUUGCCAGCCCUUCAGCUCCCCGCCCCCCUCGUCACCCCCAUGGUGGCCCUCGUCCUGCCCAAUUACGUCUUCCCCCAGCUCAACAGCCCCCUUCCCCAGACGUACUUUCCCGGCGGACCCCUUUUCCCCUUCGGACCGCCGCAGCCGGGCAGCACGCUAGCCCCCAGGCCCGAAGCCGGCAUGCAGGUGCCCUCCCGCUCCUCCACCCCACACUCGAUGAGCCAGCCCGAGCGGGCCGAAUCCCCACUCUUUGAGUCGCGCUGCAGCUCCCCGUUGCAGCUCAACCUGCUCCAGAUGGAAGAGCUACCCAAGCCGGGCGACCGGCAAGAAGCUAGCGCGAGCGGUCCAGCGGGACCAGCCGGCACCUCCACAGACUGGACUGGAGUGGCCGGCGGGCAGGGCUUGGUGAACGAACUCGGCCCUCCGAAAGAAACCUGCAUGGUGGAAGCUCAUGAUUCUUCCAACAACGAUGUUUUGUCCGGCUCCAGUGACCUACUGGAUCUCCUCCUGCAAGAAGAUUCUCGUUCGGGCACCGGAUCGGCCGCCUCAGGCUCCAUGGGCUCGGCAUCCAAUGGGGAGAGCACCUCUGCCAGCGGAACCACAAGCAGCAAGAGUAGCAACACCAGCAAAUACUUCGGCAGCAUCGACUCGUCCGAGAACGAUUUACGGGCCAAGAAGCGAUCCGAGGUGGAGGACAACGAGCACUUCAUCAAAUACGUCCUCCAGGAUCCCAUCUGGCUGCUGAUGGCGAACACCGACGACAAGGUCAUGAUGUCGUAUCAGCUCCCUGUCAGGGACACGGAGACUGUCCUGCGGGAAGAUCGGGAGAAGCUGAAGCAGCUGCAGAAGCAACAGCCGAGGUUCACGGAAGAGCAGAAGAAGGAGCUGGCGGAUGUCCACCCCUGGAUCCAGAAAGGGGUCUUGCCCAAAGCCAUCAAUGUCACGGCUUGUGUUGAGUGCGAGAGUAACGCUGCCUCGCAGGCCGCCCCCCUUUACGACGUCGAGAUCCAGGAUAUGGACCUGAACGGCAUGUUGGAGCUGAUGGAGGAAGGCACCGGGCCCCAGGUCCCUCUGCCUUCCUUACCGCUAGAAAUGGCCAUGGAGGAAGACGAGGCCGGAGAGAGUCGGGACCAGCCACACCUAGUAGAAGCAGAAGCGUGAGGGACCAGCUAAGCCCCGGAGAAGGACUAGUACACACCUUUUGAAGGUUGCUCGAGCGAGUAGGGGCUGCCGAGCGGCAGGAAUCGGACCGCCAGGCAGCUGGCGUGCGAAGGACCCCGUGUUGCCUUGUUUAAUCAGAACUUCCGGACCGGCGGGUCUCCAGGGAUAGCCCCCCCCCUGCCCUUCGCCGACACCCUCCAACUGGACUAGCCGCUUUGAUCUUCGCGGCGUUCGGCAGGGUGCGGAACUAGAGGGCCCGGGACAUUGGAGGGGGGGGGGGGCGUGCACGCGCGCGCCAGGGUGUUUUGGGUUUUUCUGUAUUUAUUUUUGACCAUUUGUCACUGGUUGGUUUACUGGGGUGGUGGGGUUUUUUUUUGUUUUUGUUUUUUUACUCAUAACUGCAGCCGGUUCCCGGCUGGCAGCGCCGAACGUAGUAAUAACGAUGGCGAUAAUAAUAAUUAAAAAAAAAAAGAGGUGGCUUGCAAAGCAA